GGGAUUUGAACUCAGGACCUCUGGAAGAGCAGUCAGUGCUCUUAACCACUGAGCAACCUCUCCAGCCCAAUCAAUCCAAUUCUAAGUGAAUAAUAAACCUUAAGGUUUUAUUAUAUAGAAACUCCUUUACAAAGUACACGUGACCAUGAGAUGAGGGAGAGCUUUACAGCUGAACAUCCUAGAAUCUAGUGUGGUCUCUGACCAAUAGCAUAGAGAUUAGCGGGACAUAAAAUACAUGUGGCAUCUCCACUAAGGAUGGGUUUUUUUUAGAAGCAGUGGAGGGAGAGAUGUUAUGGAAUAAACAUCUUGUAGGAUUUGGGUAAGCUCUGCCUAUAUAGCAAAAGGUGAGUUUGGUCUGACUCCACGGACAGCACAAAUGUCAACAGGUCAUUAACAAUAGCUACUUCUAGUCUUCUGUGUGGGAAAACAGGCAUUUUAUCUCCUCCACUGAGGAGAGAACCCUGUGUGUUUAACAACCCUGGCUCCCUAAUGCUCUUUGGGCACAAGAACCUUUGUGUUCCCAACAUGCCCUGACUUCCCUCAAAGACAGACUUUAAGCUAUAAGCCAGAUAAAACCUUUCCUCUCUGAAUUGCUUUUGGUCAGCGUUUUAAACGCAGCACCAGGAAGAGCAAACGGUAUGGCUGUCACAGAGCACACGUGGAGGUCAGAGGUCAACUUCUGAGAGUUGAUUCUUUCCUUACAGUAUCUGGGUUCCAGGAAUAGAACUCAGGUUAUCCAACUUGGUGGCAAACUCCUUUACCCAACGAGGCGUCUUUAUGGCUUUACUUUUUAAAUAAUAAACAAAACUGUUUAUUAUCCAUGAACAACCUGGCCAAAUCACACCGCUCGUAUUUUCAGAUAAUGAAGUUACCUAGUCUGUGUGAUGUAAUUUUAUUGCUGCCCUCAAGUGUUGAUUGAACAGAAUCAACACCAGGCAGAGUAACACAUAACUGUAAAUUAACUCUAAUCACAGAAGUGUUCAGGCAUUACAGAGACUACCACAAGUUCAAGGUCCUAUCGGGCUUUGUAAUGAGUUCCCAGCAAGUCAGGAUUACAUACUGAGCCAAAAAGGAGCUGGAGGGAUGGUUUAAAGCGUAAUGGUGAACUUCCCGGUGUGAGACCCCGAGUCUGAAUCUCUAACUCCUACAUAAGAAGGUUGAGGGUGAUGGGGAUGACAGGGGGUCACCGGGGUGGGCGGGCUGCCAGCUUUCCUCCAGGUUAAGCAAGAAACUUUGUCUGGGGGAAUAAAGCCCACGUGUCAUAGAAUAAGAUAUUCAACCUCCUUCUCUGGCCACACACAUAUGCACAUUAAAUAAAACUUUUUUUUUCUUUUUUCUAUUUUUCGGAGCUGGGGACCAAACCCAGGGCCUUGCGCUUCUAGGCAAGCGCCCUACCACUGAGCUAAAUCCCCAACCCCUAAAUAAAACCUUUUUAAAAAAGAUUCAUUUAUUUAUUUUAUGUACACUGUUACUAUCUUCAGACACACCAGAACAGGGCAUCGGAUCCCAGUACAGAUGGUUGUGAGCCACCAUGUGGUUGCUGGGAUUUGAACUCUGGAAGAACAGUGUUCUCAACCACUGAGCCAUCUCUCCAGCCCUAAAUAAAACUUUUUAAAGGAGACAAAUGUGGCCAAUGAGAUGGCUCAGUGAGUAAAGGCUCCUACACAAACCAAUGAGGUGAUCUGUGGGACUCUCUCAAGCUGUUCUCAACACGACAGGUGUCCCAAGGUAGGUGAAGUCCCACAAAACCCAGUAAGCAAGUAGACCGUAAAAACAACGAAGAGAAUAAGGCAAGAAAAAAAAAUCCGCUCAUUAAAAGGAAAGGGCAAAAUGAAAGCGAAAAUCACAGUUGCUAUCGGUUUGUUAGCCAGUGACAAAGAAACUCCUUUCCACAUGAGUGCAAAGAAGUGACUUUCCCUUCAGCCACUGUAGAACAGGCCAAGGCAGAUGUGGAUAUUCCAUAGUUUUCUCAAGCAGGGCCCCUCGUAAAGCAUUUUCUUUUUCUUUUUUUCUUUUUUCUUUUUUCUGAUUAUUUAUUAUGUAUACAGUGUUCUGCCUGCAUGUAUGCAUACAAGCCAGAAGAGGGCACCAGAUCUCAUUACAGAUGGUUGUGAGCCACCAUGUGGUUGCUGGGAUUUGAACUCAGGACCUCUGGAAGAACCACCAGUGCUCUUAAUCUGCGAGCCAUCUCUCCAGCCCCCCGUAAAGCAUUUUCUUAAACAACACAUUCUUCACCUCUGUCCCGUGCAAUGACUUCUUUCCGUUAAAGUCAGUCUUAAACGGACAUUACUAGGUCAUCUUCAGCACUGUUAAUGCUCCAAGUCCUAAGACAAAACCGAGGGUCCUUUCAUGAAGAGCAAUUGAGGCAGUGACACAGGAUCCAUUACGAAGUAUUCUGUAUUCUAAGUGCAGAGAAAGCCAGGUUACCUCAUGAGGCUCAUACUUAGUGAUUACCAACAAAACGCCUGGGAGGCUUAGCAGUUCAGAAAGCUUGCUGCUCUUGCAGAGAAUUGGAGAUUGAACCCCAGCACCCAUAUCACUAUGUGUCUGUAGUUUUAAGGAAACUGAUGCCCUCUUCUGGCCUCCACAGAUUUCUGUAUGCAUAAGUGUGCCCACGUAUGCAAAUUCUCAGGCAGAAACACAUAUAGAAAAGAAAUAAAAAAAAACAAAAGACAAAACAGCUCUGAGUAUGGUUGCCAGUCGAUUCAUUUGUACUUCACACAAGUGAUUCGUGUUGUUCUUGUUAUCUGUCUGUUGUUUGAGACAGGGUCUCUCAUUGCAUAGUCUUAGCUGUCCUGGAAUACACCAUGUAGACCAGGCUGGCCUCAAACAUACAGAGAGAUCCGCCUUCCUCGUCCUCCAGAGUGUUGGGAUUAAAAGUGUGUACCAUAAUGCCCAGCUGUUUGCCAGCUGUUUGUUUAUUGAGAGAGGGUCUCUUUCUGUGUCCAAGGCUGGCCUCUGACUUCUGGGUACAAGCGACUCCCCUGCUUUACUCUCAAGUAGUUAGCUGAAAUUCAUUAUAGUCACGAUUCCCCUGCUUUACUCUCAAGUAGUUAGCUGAAAUUCAUUAUAGUCACGUAUCAGCACGCAUCUUCACGUGUUCUAGUGUCCCCUCCCCCUUGCAAGUGAUUUAGAUAAAGUCUUAGUAUGUAAUCCUUGGUGAUGACUACAGAGUUCAUAGUUCAGGCUGGCUUCCAAUCUUCUGUACACCAGAACUGCAGGCCUGAGUCACUAUCCCUAGCAUACAGAGUUUUUGUUUUUAUAUUUUUAUGUAAAGUGUGAAUACUGGAGUAUCUAUGUGUGGAACUGACGCAGAAGUGUGCUCCCUUUCUCAGCCCAGUGAGAAUCCACUCCCGACACGCAGGAAAAAUAAGAGCAAGAGCUCCUUAGUGAUAAUGAGGCUCUGGCUAAUGCAGGAGGGGCUGGGCGGGGAUAGAAGAUCUUGUUAACUUAAAUACACAUUCGGCUCAUGAAUUCUACAGAUGCUUAAAUCUCUUUCAAAUCUUGUCCCCAGGUAACACUGACCAAUUUAAACAGAGAAGCAAGUCUGGCCACUUGUGCAUAUGGGAGGUUCAUACAGCAAACAUAUUCCCAGAAUGAUUUCUAAGCAUGCCAGCGUCGUUCUUUUAGAGUAGUUGUUACCCAGGUUCACCUUGACCCCCCUGGCACAAUAACAAUUUUCCUGAUAAGUGUAGGGGACUUAAUGAGAUCUGUGAACCCAAGCUGUCUCCUUCAGCUACCCCUCUUAGAGGUAUGGCCUUUAUAGAAGAUGAGCCCAACAGCUGGUUAUGUCAGGUUUUCUUCCUUUUGUAACUGGCGGGCAGUCUCAAGAACAGAUAUUUCUCUGGAGACCUAAACUUCAAUUGAGGUGCAAAGUUUUCUUCCUCAUAGUUUCUGGCUAGUACACUUCUUAUCUUCCAGUCUUAGGAUGAACAGUGCUCCCUUAUCUGAACGGAAGUUUGUGUAACUUAGCACUUCCUAAGCAAGUUUACUAGUGCACCCUUUAUGAUACCGAUUUUAUUCAAGCUUCUCCUUUAAAAGUGCAAUCAUGUGAUUUCAGUGUCCCUAGAAGCCAGAAGAGUGUCUUAAAUCCCUCAGAGCUCAAGCUGACAGGUAGUUGUGAGCAGUUAGACAGUAGCCAGGAACCCAACGCCAACCUCUGCAAUGCACAAUAUUAACUGUUGAACAUGUUGUGGGUCUGUCAUCUUUCAUUGAGUCACCAACGUGAGCACGAAUAUAUUUUAACAACAAAGAGGCUUUUCUGCAGAUACUGGUGCUAAGGCAUCACCCGGGACUCGGCAUUCCCAUAUGUAGCCCAGAGCCAUAUUAGGUCAGGAGUUUAUAAAGGGGGGAAAAAAAGAAAGAAAGAAAGAAACAAAAACGGAACAGACAAAACAAAAACAUAUUUACAUUCAACAACACCCUCUUCUUCUGGCUUCUGGUGACAUUGCUAGUACAUGCUUGGACAGAUGAUAUCUUGCAGGUAGGUGCCCUGGUUAUCUCCAGCAUAUGCUUUGGCUUGCAGAAGCAGAAACAGCUGUUAACCCCGGACCAUCAGUGUUGGUAGUGUACAAUUGUCAAGACAACCCUUAACACUUUGAAAGUCCAAGGCUUUGUACUUUGUAGUUAAACUUUUAAACAUAAACCUAGCUAUGGACAUAUCUAACAUUUGUGAUCAAAAGCCACCCCCCCACCCCCCUCACCCGGCCAAUGGAAGUAAAGCAUUUUACAUUUGACAGCAGUGGCUAUGAGAAAAUAUAAAGAAUCCUGCUUUGAAUAAGGCAGUGCAACUGUCCAGGAGAAAGAAAAACAAAAUCUGGGGGUUUUUACAUAUGAACCUCAAAAUCUCAGCCUCUGUGUCUGGUUUUUGAGAAGGCCGAUACUAUUUCCACAUUGUUCAAUAAACAUUUGUAUAACAAUCAUGAGCUAUAUACCCUUAUAUAGAAGGUUACCCUCGAGUAUUCAAUUAAUUGCGUCUAAGCAUAGGUCUUAAAAUACCCCUCAGCAAGAACUGGUCAGCCUUCCCAAGGGCUGGAAUGCUGCUGGCUCAGAGAGCCUGCCUAGCAUUUGUUGGCUACUGGAAAGACACCUCAGCCCCUUCCUCCCGUCACAGAAAGGCAAGGCCUGAACCCCUGUCCAAUCAAAAGCACUGUUAUAGGAGGACCCAAUCGGAUUCCCUGAGAAAGUAUAGGAGGGCGGGCUUUGAACUAAGGUUCUUUUUUCCCCGCCCACUUACCACUACCUACCCACCCACCACCAUCGGGUUUGCGAUCUGUCAGGCUUUUCUCCGUCUCUGGGAUUCUCUGCCUCGUCCUGUCGCCAGUGUCUGGCUGCUCCCUGCUGAGGGAAGCUCCAUAAUUAGGACACUGGUGUUCAGGAACCGGAAAUGGGUUCCGUGUCAUUUGAAGACGUUGCUGUGGACUUCUCCUGGGAUGAAUGGCAGCAUCUGGAUGUGGCACAGAGGAGACUCUACAGGGACGUGAUGCUGGAGAACUACAGCAGCCUCCUGUUCUUGGGACGGUGCAUGACCAAACCUGAGGUAAUCUUCAAGUUGGAGCAUGGAUUUGGGCCACGGCCUGUGGUAGACUCCUCUGUCCGCAGCCUUCCAGACCUGAAGGUGGCCCGGAAACUCCAACCCGGGACAGCAUCCCAGGAAGAUAAAGGAUGUGUGAGGGCAUUGAUCCAGCAGCCUCAGCACACGAGGGGUCGGAGGAGUCACGCACGUAAGAAAAGUGGUCGUCAUAAGUCACCUCUCAGUCACUGUCAGAGGCCUCUUAAUGAGGAGACACUGUGUACACACAGACAGCACAGGAAGUCACAGGUGACGGGACAGAGAAGUCACGGAGGGGAGAAGCCAUAUGAAAACUCAGGAUGUGGGAAAGCCUCCCACACCAAAUCUCAGCAUCAGAGCACUCCCAGAGACGAGAAGCCCUACAAAUGUCUCGAAUGUGGGAAAUAUUUCUACUACAAGUCACAAAUCAUUGAGCAUCAAAGAAGUCACACAGGUGAGAAGCCUUAUGAGUGUACGGAAUGUGGAAAGUCUUUCAGCUAUAAAUCACACCUCACUGUCCAUCACAGAAGUCAUACGGGUGAGAAGCGUCAUGAAUGUACAGAAUGUAGAAAAGUGUUUUACUAUAAGUCUCAACUUACUCGACACCAGAGGAGUCAUACAGGGGAGAAGCCCUAUGAAUGUAUGGAAUGUGGGAAAUCUUUCUACUGUAACACACACCUAACUCUGCACCAGAGAAUUCAUGUAAAUGUCAAACCCUAUGCAUGUACAGAAUGUGGGAAAACCUUCUCUUUCAGUGCAUGCCUCACUAGACACCAGAGGAUUCAUACAAAUGAAAAGCCUUAUGAAUGUACACACUGCCCCAAAGCUUUCUACUUUAAGAAACAACUUACUCAUCAUGAGAAAACACAUACUACAGAGAAGCGCUUUGAAUGUAAACAGUGUGGUAAAGCAUUUUACUGGAGGGCCAACCUCACUGUGCACCAGAAAACUCAUGGCGGGGAGAAGCCCUUUGAAUGUAAACAAUGUGGUAAAGCCUUUUACUGCAAGUCCCACCUCACUGUGCACCAGAGAACUCAUAUAAGUGAAAAGCUCUAUCAAUGCUCACAGUGCAGGAAGGCAUUCUACUCUCAGGCACAGCUUGUUGUACAUCAGAGAAUUCACACUGAUGAGAAGCCCUAUGAGUGUAAACAGUGUGGCAAAACAUUCUACAGCAAGUCUGGGCUCACUGCACAUCAGAAAACGCAUACGGGGGAGAAGCCCUACGCAUGUAAAGAGUGUGGGAAGGCGUUCUAUAACAAGUACCUGCUCAUUGAGCAUCAUAGAGUCCAUACGGGCGAGAAGCCCUAUCAAUGUACAGAAUGCCCGAAAGCAUUCUACUGCAAAAAAUAUCUUUCUCUCCAUCAGAAAACUCACGCAAGUGAGAAGUCAUUUUAUUGUGCAGAGUGUGGGAAAGCUUUCUCCUGGAUGUCACACCUCACUCAGCAUCAGAGAAUUCAUACAGGUGAGAAGCCUUAUGCAUGUGAACACUGUAAGAAGACUUUCUACUUCAAGAAACAGCUCACUCGACAUCAAAGAACACAUGAGAGGCCAUGAGGUGUAAAUAAUGCAAGAGACCAUUUCACUGCAAAUGGAACCUCUCUGUGCAUGAAAGAACUCAAGCAAGGGAGAAACCCUGUGGUGAGUGUAGCAGAUACAGACAUUUUUGUCCCUCAUGCAUCCCUUACUCCAAGUCAGAUGAACUCCUGCUGAAGUGUAUCAUCAGGAAUGAUUAAUGUAAAACCUGUGGACAUUUUCUAGUGUAAGUCAGGUCACUCAACCAAUGAGCCUAUACUGGGGUCUAUCUGCAAACACUGUUGGAAGGCAUGUUCCUCAUACUGUGUGUAAGAGAGUUCAUGCAUGGGGCUGUCUCCUAUGGAGUUAAACACUAUACCAUAGCUUUCUCAUUCUUCCCAUUACUUCAGUGUAUUGUAGGUGGGGUAACACAGAACAUAAAGGACAGAGGAAGGUGUUCGAACAUUAAACCCCAUCAGUUCACACCUGAAAGCUUUUACAGGUGCAGGCCCAGUGACAUUAAUGAAAAUAGACACAUUUUGAGAUAGAAAUUGGACAUUUAGGAACUUGUUAUGUGAUAUGUCACAUAGAGCAAAAAGCAAAGCGAGAUGAAUUAUUUCAUGCUUUCAAUUCUAGGUCCUGAUACUGCAGGUUUACUGGGACUCAGCGAUUGAAGAUUGAACUUAGCAUCAUAGGCAGGUUCCGUUUGAUAUAAAGUAGAAAAGCCUUGUUGAAGUGCCCAUGUCAAGUUAUGACAUUGCAGCCCCGGUGUUGAAAACCCAUAUAAAUUCCCAGAUAUGAAGAGUAUAAGGAGUACCAAUACUUUUGAAAUGAACUUAAAAUUUAACCUAGAAUCAUUAAACCAAUACACAGGAUUAAACAUAAGAUUCCAGUAUGAAGACAUUCUUGCUUCUGUCAUUCCAGUGACUUCAUUGCAAAAGUUCAACUAUUCAUAGUGUAAGAGCAUUCACAGUACCAGCCCUCAGACAGCUCACGAACAUGAGAGCAUAUUUGAAGCUCACACAGUAACUUGUCUUAAACGCGGCUCAGUGGCUGUGUGCUCAUCAGUCCUGUGCUGUGUGUCUGCACAUAGAACUUUCCACGUGUCAUCUUGAUUUAGAAUAUUUUUGUUCAUGUUCAUUUGUAAAUCAGUUCAAACUGUCCACAAGAUUGAAUGCCUUAUCAGGUAUGAAAAUUUUAAUGUGUUUUCAUUCUUAUAAUUAUGUAGUUUUGAGACCAACUCUUGAUCUGUAGCCAGUCUGUCCUCUGGCCUCCACUUGUACACAGGUAUGUUCCCCCCACCCCCCACAGGCAUACAGAAAGAACAUUUACCAAUAAUAGAAAAACACCAAAUUUUUAACACAGUGGGAAAUUGUAAAACAUUGGUAUAUGUAAUUUUCAUGUUAACCUUCAUAAGGAAUUUUGCUUAAAUAUGUUGCGUGCACCUUAACCCGGGAGGUGAGAUUGCAUUACCCACUUAGCUCUGGGAUCUAUUGCAACCAUCCCCACCCUGGCUUCCUUUUCUAAGCCCCUUUGCUUGGGCUUGUCUCCGAGAUUGGCUGCUGUCAGCCCCAACCUGGCCUCUCUCUACCCACCCCAUGCUCCACCAGCUCACUCUCAUGACCCUAGAGUCCGCAGACAAAGGACACACAGACAGCCUUAUUGUAGAACUUGCCAGCUAGGCACAAUUCCUGGGCACAGAAUCUCCCGCCUGGAAAGGCAUGCCCUCAUCAAUUAUUUCCUUUUCUCCUCCUGCCCUAAACUCUGUGGUUUGUAUCAGCUAGCCCCCGCCACCCUCCUUGGCUCCCUACCUGUAGUGGAGGCUGCUGGCUCUAGCUGCCCUGAGGCCUUAUAUGAUUGUAGCAUCCUCUUUCCUCCCAAGUAUGGCGGAAAGGCCCUCUCUCUUUCCCUUUAUCUCUUCCUCCUCUUGGGACCUGGAAGUCCCACAUGUACCUUCCGCCCAGCAAUUGGCUCCUGGCCUUCUUUGUUGUCAAAUCAAGAACCAAUUAGGGAAGUAAGAAACUUAAUAUUUCUUGCCAAUAUCUACUAGGCGAUUUCUUUACUUAGAUUCCUCUUCUUUAUUGCAAUCCUUUGGAUCAAACCUCCAGACUCAGGCAUGCUAGGCAAAUGCUCUACCAUGAGGUAUAGGUCCCUAGACAAUGUUUUAAUGAAUCUGUCGUCAUUACCAGAGUUUUGUAGAUGAAACUAAUCUAUUAAAGGCCAUACAUACAUAUUGUUAAAUGUA